AUGUCGGAGUCAGAGAUUUUUGCCCAAUCUGCAGUCUCCGCUCUCAAGCUCGCCCACAGGACACAAAACCAGACUCACGUGUGUUAUUACUGCAAAAAGAUCUGUCAGAAGCCCAGUAAGAGGCCAUUCAAGUGCAAGGAAUGCUACAAGAGGUUCAACCAGAGGAGCAUUCUGAACAUCCAUAGCCUUAGACACCAGGGGUUCAAGCCCAAACAGCCAAAACUCUGUCUGCAACCAGCGGUUCACACAAAAGGGCAACCUGUAAAGUCAAGUGAGACGGGUGCAUUUCAGAAACUUGAGGAACUUGGAGGCUAG